AUUCUACUCAAAGAUAUCAAAAAUUCGCAACACUGAUUUUAUCAACUUCGCAAAAUGCAAACAACUUCCAAUUGAAUAUUUCAACAAAUCAAGCAACAUCAGAAAUGUUGGCGGCUUUAGUCAAUGAAACAAAGAUUAUGUUUUUAAGAGCCUGUGAUCCUCCAUUUUCUGCAUAUAUUACAUUGGCAAAAAUGGUAGCCCCUGGAUUUGUUGAAACUAGUAAAACAAUUUCCUUUCUUAGAUCAAAAAUAUGUGCGUAUUAUGUGAAUCAUCGUACUCGAUUAAAUACUGAAUCUAGAGCAUAUGCCGAAGAUUAUAUUUACAAUAACAGGCAAUUUAUUAGGAUUGCUAUGGAUAGUAUACCAAGUAUUGAUGACUUGGGAUCAUAUGUAGAUGAUACA